AUGGCGGAAACGUUGAAAGCAAAGCCGCAAGCAAAUAAAAAGAUGACGGAAGAGAUAAUCGGUGGAUUCAACGCUCUCAGAGCCGAACAAAGACGAUUGACUCAGAAAAUUACCGAGCUUGAAAGUGAACGCGCCGAGCAUAAUCUCGUUAUCAAUACUUUGAAAGAUGUCGAUCCUGCCCGACGUUGUUACCGACUCAUCGGUGGCAUACUCGUGGAACGCAACGUCGGCCAAGUCCUUCCUGCAUUGCAGAACAAUGUAGAACAAAUUGAUAAAGUCGUAGAGGCCCUCAACAAGCAGGCUGUUUUGAAAGGUCAAGAGCUUGUUGACUACAAAGAAAAACAUAAUAUCCGACUCUCCGGCUUGCCUCAGCGGGACGACAGUAAAAAUGAAGCGGAAGGCCCCACGGAUGAAAAAUCCGCUCCGGAAUCUACUGGUGUUUUAGUCGACUCUGCUGCCUCGAAAUGA